AAGCAGCUGCUGCGUUAUCUGCAGAAUAACUUCAGAGAACUCAGACCGAGUGUUGCAGCUGCUGAACUUCACUGAUGAGCUGAAAGUCAGAGACAGACUUUAGAGGUGAAGCCUGAAGAAGCUCAGACGUCAGAGAGGAGCUGCAGGCUGACAAACCAAAAGUGAAAGUGGAGGAACCGUCCUGAUCGACUGACUUCACCUUCUGCUGCUCCGGGAUGAUGUUUGGAAUCGUCUUGUUUGGAUUCUUCUUGAAGGGCGUCAGUGCUGAUGCGGUGGCGGAUGUGGUCCUGUCCUGCGCUCUGGUGGAGGAGGGAGUUGGAGGGAUGGGCGGAGGAGCCCUCUUCACUCGGACUCCAGCCACUCUGGUUCUCAGAGACGUCGCGGUCGGUCCUGAUGAAUCUCUGGAGACUCUGACGCCAUUCGUUCCGCCGUCCAUCCCGGAUCCAGAACUCAUCCUGUUCGAGGCCAAAGCUUCGUCUCCUGCGAUCCCGAACGCCGACGUGCUGCUUCAUGCCGACUGCAACCAGCAGGAGGUUCUGUGUGAAAUCAGCCGAUAUUCUCCUCGAGGGCUGCAGGACGCUGCAGGGUUCUUCAUGGUGUCGCUCAGCGUGGACGGAGUGGACUUCAGCACUGCUCUGAUCCUGCAGACGUCACCGGUGGAGCAGGACCGGUCCACCCUGGUGCAGAACAAACUGGGUCUGCCUCUGAGCCGGUCGGGAACUCUGCUGACUGAAGUGAUCUUCCUGGUCUUCUCCCACAUUAAGUCCGUUUCGGCUCCUCUGAAGGGCCAAGUUCUCCUCAACUGUGGCUUCAGGCAGCAAGAGGUUCCGUUGGACCCGGAGGUGGCCGUCGAGUGGAGGCUGCAGCACCGAGGGAAAGGCCGGAAAGUUCUGGAAAUGAAGACGAAGCUGGACGACGCAGAGGGCAGCACAGCAGUGGAGGGGGAGAGGAAGGGCUCCAGCCUGGACGCUGCUCGGCUGGUCCACGAGGGAGACGCCUCCAUGAGUCUGUCCGGGCUGCAGGUGGAGGACGAAGGAACCUACAUCUGCACCGUCAGCGUGGGCAGCUUCCACACGCAGCAGGUGGUGCAGCUGCACAUCCGCCAACCACCACAUGUUUCACUCUCGGAGGGGAAGAGAGUUUCUGGUUCUCCUCAGACGCUGAGCUGCCACUGCAGUAAAUAUUAUCCUCUGGACGUUCAGAUGGAGUGGUUCUCACAGGCUCCCACAGCCUCAGAACCAGAACCCUUUCCAAACCAGGGUUCUCUGUCCAGCCAUCGACAGCACGGCGAUGGAACGUUCUCCCUGUCGUCCCACCUGUCCGUCCCCUCGUCCGUCCCCCCCGGAACCAGGAUCACCUGCAGAGUGUCGCACUCGGCUCUGGACGCUCCGCUGCAGGUGGCUGUGGAGCUGCAGAGUCCUGAGAUAG